AUGAACAUCACAAACACAGCGCCGGGGUUGCCGCCCCCCGGCAUCAACGCCGCAGACUCUGGCGAAGAAGAGAAUCUUUCAGACGACUCCAUGUGUCGGGACCAGGAUGACGCCCAGGCCUUUCUGCAGCCGGCCAUGAGCGCCGCAGCCAGCCAUCUGACCUCGUUGCACACUCCCGCCACCGAAAAGGCCGCUGCGCUGCAAAGGCGUCAAGUCGUCGGCUACUUUGAUGAGCCUCAGACAUACGGCGACGACGAUGGAGAUGGAGACACGACGCCGGAAGCACCAGCAGCCCAAUCGACGUCUCUUCCGCUGCCGGAGACGCAACUCAAUGGGAAACCUGUCCCCAUGAUAGGGCCUGUGCCGCUGACCUCGCCGCGACGACGAAGCCCGCCGUCUCCGUGGAAGUCUCAGCAGGCGACCAAGGACGGAAAGCCGUUCAGCGAGGCACGCGGGAUUCUUCAUGCGGCGUUUGAGCCCACUCGCCAACGAUCACGAUCAGCGGGCCAGGAGGCCUUGAAGAAGCUGCAGCAGGCAUUCCCCUCGCAUCUGCUCCCGUCAUUGCCAAAGUCACUGCCCAAGUCGUUGCGGCCAAGCCGGUCUGACGCUUCCCGGCGCCGCGGCCACGCUUCUCCGGAUUCUCCUCUUCGCAACGCCCCUGAUUCGCCGUCAAGUCCAGAUGCCAAUGCUGCUGCUGGCAGUUCUUCUUCAAGACCGCCGCUGCUGCGUAGGACAACGUCUGACGAUAGCAUGCUGUAUCACAGCCUGUCCCGCGCCUCGUCUCUCGGCGACGACGACCGCUUCACCGACGUCCGCGACAUGGUCAACGUUCGCUUCAUGGCCAUCAAGCACAGCCUGCCCGACGUCCCCAACUUCAAGAUCCCCAACAUACCAGGCCUGGCCGGGCUGCAGGCCAUCUCCAGGAAAUCCACAAUCUCCCUCAACGGCAUCUUCUCCAACGAAUCCGCCAACCACUCCAAGCAGAACCUCGACUCCACUGCCUCCAAGGAGAUCCCCAAGGAAAUCCCCAUUGACGAUUCCGAACGCCUGGACCGUGUGCUGGAGGAGCUGACGGGCGACAUCGUCGUCAUGGGCGGCUACCGCGGCUCGAUCCUGCGCUCUGCCGAGCCGCCGCACCAGCAGCUCUGGGCGCCGGUCAAGCUCGGGCUCAACCUGCGCAAGGCGAAUCUCGAGGUCGGCCUGGACGACGAGGACGAGGAAACGAUGGAGGAGCGCAUCUUCCCGUCUGGCAUGCUGCAGCACAUCGGGCCCAUCGACAUCUCGCGCAAGUUCUUCAAGAAGCUGCGCUCGUGCGAGAACGCGCGCUCGGGGCGCCUCCGCGUGUGGGACUACGGCUACGACUGGCGUCUCAGCCCUUCGCGAUCGUCGAAGCGGCUGCUCGACUUUUUGCGCAACCUGCCGUCGAACCAGCCCGGCGUGCCCGUCGAGUCCCGCGGCGCCAUCGUCGUCGCCCACAGCCUCGGCGGGCUCAUUACGCGGCACGCCGUCAACCAGCAGCCCGAUUUGUUUGCGGGCGUGCUCUUCUGCGGCACGCCCAUGCGGUGCAUCAACAUCCUGGGCCCGAUGCGCAACGGCGACGCGGUGCUGUUCAACGACAAGCUGCUGACGGCGCAGGUCAACUUUUCGAUCCGCACGUCGUUUGCGCUGCUGCCCGAGGACGGCUUCCUGUUUGUCGACAAGUACACGGGCGAGGAGUAUCCCGUCGACUUCUUCGAGCCCGAGAACUGGGUCAAGUACCGUCUGAGCCCGUGUGUGGCGCCGCCGCUGCCGCCGUACAACCAGCACCCACAGCAUUCGCCCCUAGCCGCCUUUUUCCCCAACGCGCUGCUGCGGCCGAGCAAGUCUGACAAGAGGCGGAAUUCCAUGUCGGGCCCUGAUCCGGCCAGCAAAGAUGCUUCCAGUACCAACGACAGCAGCAUACCCCAGGCCCGAGCCUCCAUGGCACCGCAGUUCGGCGGCAGCAACAACCGCAAACUCCAAAACCACCGCCACACGCUCAGUAUCCCGCCCUCCUCCCAGGCCCCUUUCUCCCCCGACACAGCCAACCUACCCCCUUCUCCCCCCUCGCCCUCCAUCGACCCAGCCCUCUUCCGCCGCAACUACGAAUACCUCACCCGCACCCUCGCCUCCGUCAAGCAGUUCCGCUCCGAGCUCGUCCACAACAAAGCCCACCAAGACGCAAACGCCUACCCGCCGCUGGCAGUCAUCUACGGCAAAUCCAUCCCCACCGUGUACGCCGCACAUGUCAACGGCCGCGACGCCAUCCCUUGUUCUGACGCGUACGACGAGCUUGUCUUCCGUCCGGGCGAUGGCGUGGUGCUUGCAAGGGAGAGCAUGUUGCCCGAGGGAUACUCGAUUGCGAAAGGCGGGCGAGUGAGCACUGAUCGCGGGCAUGUGUCGAUUCUGACGGACAUGCCGGCGCUGGGGAAGGCGUUGGGGGCGUUGUUGAGGGGAAGGAGGAAGGGGAUUGGAUAUGGGUCGGUGUCUGAAGCAGCGGGGACACCGACGACGACACAGCAGGCCAAGUGA